ACCAAGUGAGGAGAUGAAGGAUUUCACCGUACUACACCAGAGAAUACGGAGAGGAUAGACACUGCAGAUAGAUCCUGACCAUCACCCAAGGAACAACUGCACAACUGUGGGAAGACAUCCAGUCCCUUCACAACAUUGCUCAACACAGAGAAAGUUUGGCAGUGAAACCAUCAUCUGGAAAUUGAUCAGGUCAGGGGAGCUUUGACAUAUCAUCAGAUCUGAAACUGGUCAGUGGUGUGGAACCUUCCAUCAGAACCAACCUUUCUGAAUGUUCGGCUGUGGGCGAUCGGUCAGGGUGAGGCUGGGAAGAAGUGUGAGUGGCUCCAAGUGUGGUGAGAGCUUCAAUCAUUCAUCGAGCCUCAUGAACCACUGACUCAUUCAUACAGGUGAAGGGUUGUUGAAGUGUGAGGAGGGCUCCACAGGCUCUUGCAAUAUCCUAACAUGCAAAGUACAUUUGUUUACCACCUGUAACACAAGGGCCACCAUAUGGCUGAGAAACCGUUCAAAUGUGAGGUUUGCGACCGGGCUUUCACACAGAAAUCAGUGCUCGUGAAUCACCGACGUGUUCACACUGGGGAGAAGCCGUUCAAGUGUGAGGUGUGUGGCCAAGCCUUUGCAAACUCUUCGACACUCGUUUAUCACCGACGCAUUCACACUGGGGAGAAGCCAUUCACGUGCGAGGUGUGUGACAAAUCCUUCUCGAAAUCAUGGAACCUCCGCAAGCACCAACGCAUUCACACAGGGGAGAAACCAUUCACGUGCGAGGUGUGCAACAAAUCAUUCUCACAGUCGUCGGCUCUCCGUGUACACCAACGCUUUCACACAGGGGAGAAACCUUUCAAGUGCGAGAUGUGUGACAAAUCAUUCUCGCAGUUACCGAACCUCCAUACACAUCAACGCAGUCACACAGGGGAGAAGCCAUUCACGUGCGAAGUGUGCGACAAAUCAUUUUCAAAUUCCUCUCACCUGCGCACACACGAACGCAUUCACACAGGGGAGAAGCCAUUCACAUGUGAGGUGUGCGGCAAAUCAUUCUCACGGUCGUCGACACUAAUUGACCACCAACGCAUUCACACAGGGGAAAAACCAUUCACGUGCGGGUUGUGCAACAAAUCAUUCUCGAGGCCAACAACCCUCCUCGAACACCAAUACAUUCACACCGGGGAGAAACCAUACACCUGUGAAGUGUGCAACAAAUCAUUCUCGGACUCAUCGACUCUCCUCGUACACCGACGCAUUCAUACAGGGGAGAAGCCAUUCACGUGCGAGGUGUGUGACAAAUCAUUCUCACAGUCAGCAAAACUCAGGAAACACCAGCAGAUUCACACAGGCGAGAAGCCAUUCAGGCGUUAGGUUUGUGAGAAAGCUCUCACUCACUUCUCUGAUCUCCUGAUACACCAAUGCAUUCACACAGGAGAAAUCAUUCACAUGCGAGGGAAGAAAUCAUUUAUGUGCUACGUGUCCGACAAAUCAUUCUUGCUGUUACAGAACUUCUCCGCACAUUAACAUAGGGGAGGAACUGGUCAUGUGUGAGCUGUGAGACAAAGCUUUCAGAUAUUUAUGACAGCAACUACACCAUCAAAUAAUCCGCACACAGGAGAAACCCUUCAAAAGUGAAUAUUUAUGAUAAAGCCUUUGUGACGUCCAUGAACUUCCCGAGACACCGGAGGAUUCCCACAGGGGAGAAACCAUUCCAUUGGGAGGUGUGUGACUAAACCUUCACACAGUCAUCAAAUCCGCAGGAGCACCAAGGCAUUCAGGUUUGAUGUGCACAACAAAUCCUUCUCACGGUCAUUGUAUCUUCUCACAGAAUCCACACAGGGGAGUAACCCUUAAAGUGUGAGGUUUGUGUUGAAUCUUCGACCCUGGAGCUGUCGUUCCGAAGCACUGUCUGUCUCAGCAGUGUCUGUCUCGAAACCCUCCCACCAUCAGUCCAAUUGUUUGAAGAAGGUCAAUUUAACCUUUGACCAGAUCUCCAAACAUCACCAAAUGAAGACAACAAUAUGUAUAGAAACUCCUGCUUAUGCACAGAUGUCACUGUGUCUCUGGGAGGGUUUCCUCAGUCACAGGAAGUAGGUGAUUCAGGAGAAUGUGUCAGGAUUCUCCCAGCUCUGGGCAAGAGGGAAAUAUCUCAAUAGUUUCCACAGUGUGAUUUAUCUCCCUUCUUGAAGAUAGUUACAAUUGUCACAUUCCUGAAGUCAGGAUGGGGAGAGUUGAUAUUCCUCCCAAAUAUAGGGUGAGUUCAUGGAAUCUUGAUGUGAGCAGAAGUCCACCAGCUUUGAAGACCUCAGCUGGAAUACCCUCAGGGCCACAGGCUUUGUUGUUUUCAUCUGUUUGAUUGUUGCAGCUCUCCCAUCGAUGGUGAUUUACCCAUGGAUUCUACCACAGGCACUGGGGAUAGACUGGAGGGUAUCAGCUGUCACUGUGGAUUCAUGGUUGAGGAGUUGUUCCAAAUAUUCUUCCCAGCGUUAACAGAUGGCAUUGUCAUCCUUAAGAAGAGAAACACCAUCCUGUGAACAAAGGAGAUUUUGUCCAUUUUGACCUCGGUCUGUAUGGCCAGAUUUGCAUGUCAUGAUGGUCACAAUAUUGUUCGAACUCUCGGGCUUUCUCGUCCCCACAUGUCCUUUAUCUUCCAGGUUUGUCUUUGGGUGUCAGCCUUGAGCUGUUGAAAUGCUGCCUUCUGGAGUUGUGACCUUCAGCUGCUCUGCCAGGCAACGAAGGCUGAUCAUUUUUGUUCCAGGAAGUCACAUAUUUGAGCGUCAUGUUCGUCGAGCCAGUCCUGCUGAUGAUGAUGCUCGAACCCAAUGGUCUGGACACAGGAGUUUAGUGCAGCUGACUUUAUUUGAUCUCACUGUUCAGGGAUUGAAUUGGAUGUGUGAAGAUUUUCCAGAUUGGUCAUGAGCUGCACCUGGAAUUCCUGUCUUCGGUCGGGCUGUUUUAGGGCUGAGACGUUGAUCUUCUUCCUCUUUUGGGCCUUGUGAUGUCUUGGUGCUGGGUGGAUGUUCAUCACCGAUUGAACAAGUCGAUGAUCUGUCCAGCAGGCAUCAGUCUCCCACAUGGAUUGAGUGAAACCGGCAUUACUUAGAACUUUGACUUGGCUUUCGACCUUCCAGAGGAACCUCCGACAUGGUCUUUGUUGCCAAACACAUUCAAGAAAAAUGUUGAGAACAACACCAGGAACUCUUCAUUAUGCCUUGAAAUGACCGAAGCAUUUCACUCAGUAAAUCGUGAGGCUCUGUGGAUUGUGCUCCAAUGAUUUGGCUGUCCAAGAAACUUCAUCACAAUCCUGCAAUUGCUUCAUGAUGAUAUGACUGCAACUGGCUUGAGUGGGAGAUCUGAAACAGAAGCCUUCAAAAUCCAGACUGGUGUCAAGCAAAGCUGUGUGAUAGCCCCCAUUCGAUUUACAAUCUACCUGACAGUGACUAUUCACCUUAUCAACGGUCAACUGCCCUCUGGUGUCAGUAUUAAAUACCAUCCAGAUGGGAAACUCAUUUACCUCGGUCACCUCUGUGCCAAAAAUAAACUGACCACCUGUCAUGAAGAGAUAUUAAUGCCUACAAUGUUAUUGAAGUUUUAUUUUAAAUAGCAUUCCAGUGGGUCUGUGUCUGUUU